GGCAGGCGGGCGGGCAGGGACCGGGAGAAGGAGAGGGGAAGGGAGUGCGCCGAGCUCGCCGCCGCCGCCCCGGAGCUGUGGCAGCGCGGCCGGCCUGUGGGCGGCAGCCGGACCCCCGCCCGCCCGGCAGCGGGAGCGCCUCCGCCACCGCCGCCCGCCCGGGGCCGCCUCGGCGGCCAGCGGAGACCCCGCCGGCCAUGGAGCUCUCCCUGCGGCUGCUCCUGGCGUCCUGCCUCUCGCUGGGGGCGGCCGGGGAAUUUGACAGAAGGUGGCCCAGACAAAUGGUCUUGUCAGCAGGACUGUGUCGCUUUGGAAGCAGAAUUGACUGCUGCUGGGGCUGGGCCCGAGUGGCCUGGGGACAGUGCCAACCAUUCUACGUCUUAAGGCAGAGAAUAGCCAGCCUAAGGUGCCAGCCCAAAGCUAUAUGCCAGCCAGGGUGCAAACACGGUGAAUGCAUUGGGCCAAACAAGUGUAAGUGCCACCCAGGAUACACUGGAAAAACCUGCAACCAAGAUCUGAAUGAGUGUGGACUAAAGCCGCGGCCGUGCAAGCACCGGUGUAUGAACACGUACGGCAGCUACAAGUGCUACUGCCUGAACGGCUACAUGCUAAUGCCAGAUGGAACGUGCUCAAAUGCCCUUUCCUGCCUGAUGGCAAACUGUCAGUAUGGCUGUGACGUGCUGAAAGGGGAGGUGCGCUGCCGCUGUCCUUCUCCAGGGCUGCAGCUUGGGCCUGAUGGCAGGACUUGUGUCGAUAUUGAUGAAUGUGCUACUGGGAGGGUUCUCUGCCCACGAUUCCGGCACUGCGUCAAUACCUUUGGGAGCUACAUUUGCAGGUGUCAUAAAGGCUUUGACCUGAUGUACAUUGGAGGCAAAUACCAGUGCCAUGAUAUAGAUGAAUGUUCCCUUGGCCACCACCAGUGUGGUAGUUUUUCACAUUGCUACAACACUCCAGGAUCCUACAAAUGCAAAUGUAAAGAAGGGUACAGAGACAAUGGAACAAACUGCAUACAAAGGCCAGUGACCAGGCCGACAGCUCGUCCGACACCUGGGCCAACAACUCAUCCUGCACCCAUGCCAACAACUCGUCCAACACCCAUGCCAACAACUCGUCCAACACCCAUGCCAACAACUCGUCCAACACCUGGGCCAACAAUUCGUCCUACACCCGUGCCAACAACUCGUCCAACACCUGGGCCAACAAUUCGUCCUACACCCGUGCCAACAACUCGUCCUACACCUGUGCCAACUCAACCAGCACCCAGGACAAGUCGAAUGACACCCAAGCCAACCACGAGGUACAUGCCAGUGACAACAAGGCCGGUCACAACACCAGUGGUGAAGCCUCCACCUCCAACAACACCUCAGCCUACAACAGUGAGACCUACACUACCACCACAAAGAACUCCUCUGGUAACAACUGAAGAGCCUGCACAUGUUCCCAUUGAAACUACAUCUUCCCAAGGAGUUAUAGAUGACAACAGGAUCCAGCCAGAUCCUCAGAAACCCCGAGGAGAUGUGUUCAUUCCACGCCAGCCUGGAGUGAGCAAUAAUCUGUUUGAAAUACUUGAAAUUGAACGAGGGAUUACAGCUGAUGAAUUUGAAGCAAAUGAUGACCCAGGUGUGCUGGUGCACAGCUGUGAUUUUGACAGUGGACUGUGUGGAUGGAUGAAGGACAAAGAUGAUGACUUGCACUGGGAACCAGUGAGAGAUGUGUCAGGGGGACAGUACCUCACCAUCUCCGAUCCCAAAGGGAAAGAAGGAAGAGUAGCACAUCUCAUCCUGCCGUUGGGCCACGUGGCUCAGGCUGGAGAUUUGUGCCUGUCCUUCAGGCAUAAGGUGCCCGGGCUGCAUUCUGGUGCCCUGCAAGUCUUUGUGAGGAGGGGCGGUGCUCACGGCCCGGCUGUCUGGGGGAGAAACGGUGGCCAUGGCUGGAGACAGACGCACAUCACGGUGCCAGGAGCAGGCAUCAGGAGCGUUAUUUUCAGAGGUGAGAAAGCGAAAGGAAGAACUGGGGAUAUUGGACUAGAUGAUGUGAUCUUGAGGAGAGGACGCUGCUCUGGAGAGCAUUAGCCAAGACAAUGGACCAGCAGUCAUCUCCUCUUGCCCUUCUCAUGCAAUUCCCACAAAACUUUGAAACAGAACUGCAUGAAAAAGAAGAAAAUGUGGGAGAGCAGCAACUUCUUAGUGGUCUGCUAAGUGCAAUCUCAUGGAAAUUUCACUUAAAUACAUGGAGAGCACCUCCCAGGAUUGAGGAAAUCCAGUUUCAGGCUGGUUCUUUCUAUUAAUCCUUACCCCUAAAUCAUAUAUUGUAUGUAAUAACUUUGUUCCUUGUUAAGUCUGGUGAGUGCUUGUGGAAAGAGCACUGGUGAAAAAGGGAGAAUUACUUACAAAUGGCAGCAAAAGAAAGCUCCAUCUCUAAGUUUGUGCUAACUGACAGCCAUUAUCAUCCCACACUGCUACCCUUCAUUGAUUAAUUUGUGUGAGUCACAUUGGAUUAGUGAAAGCCUGGACCUGAGCUCUGGCUUACUGCCACUGACCUUUGAAGAAAGGUCUUUCAUAUAUGAAAUAGCAUUUAUUUUGCUGUUGCAUCUGUAUUAACCAAAACCAGUUAGAGAGAGUAGGCAUUGCCUCCUGUAAUAUUGCUACUGCUGUGUUUUGUGUAUAUGUGUAUGGUUAACAUAUUUAUGUUUUUUAGUAUUUACACACUGUAGUUGCAGGGUAAUUGGCAGCUGUACUUUGGUUUUGUACAAGACAGGAGUUCAGCAUCUUCUUCAAUACUGCUGGUCAUGCCAAAUUAUCAAAGUCAGUUAAUGGUGCUCGUUGAAAACUGCUGGUGCAGUAUUUCAUGUGGUAACGUCCUGAAGGCAAAAGACCAAAGGCUCACCUGAUGGAAACUGGCAUCUGAAAAUGCUCCACAAGUUUGCAUCAAGCUCACAAGCAAGCCCUAAAGGGUUCUGAAUCCUGCAAGAAGCUCCUGGUUCAGCUGAAGCAGCCAGGAGAAGUUGAACUUAGACCUUGUAAGGUUGAGCCCACUGCCCCUGCCAGGAAUGAUCCCUUCCCACAGGUGGCACAAGGAAAAAGGGCAGCUGUGUUAACACUGUACAAACCCUUCAGACCGUGAAAUGCCUCCAGUGCUCUUUGGCAAAUGUCCAUACUCUGCCCAAACUUCUGUAUAUAAUAAGCAUUUUAUUCUUUAGAACAACUAUUAGCCCUAGUUGGAACUGAGUAUUUAUCAAAACUUUGGACUAAUUUUAUAGUUAUGUAUCAUGCAUGUGCUGUGCAGUUUCCCAGGGACUUCUUCUGUUUGGUUUGGAAUUUUUUAAGUGGGCAUCAUCAUCACUGCUAGCAAUUCUAAAAUUGACCAAGUAGUUGUAACAUUUAAGAAAAUGAAAAGAGAUUGGUAAAAUGUUGUUAGUGGUGCAGCCUUAAAGCUUCAAAAAAUACAUCUAUAAGAAGUCAACCUCAGUUCUUUUGAAUACUUAAUACAGUAUAAAAUAAAUGUCAGCUGCAUGGCAUGUUCAGUCUUGUACCAAGUUCACAGACACAAAUUUGCAAGACCGUUAGAGGUCAUAUUCCAAAUCCCUGUUCCUGACAAGUCUGAAAAUAUUUUUUCCCAUUCAUCCCCUAGGACAAAACAUGGUGUGUAGAGCAGAAAUGUAUGUGAUCAAACAGAAAGUCUCCUGCAGAACUGUAUCAGCAAAUAUUUUGAAAAGGAAAAAAGAAAUGUGUUUGUAAACAUUAAAUUUUAAACUAUUUUCCUUUGAAUAUGAUUAUGAUCCUUUUAUCUUAUGUUAUUUUGUGAUAUGUCAGAAAUAUCUGUGAAUAGUUGAAAUACCUUUUCCAUAUUUUAAAGUAAUCAGUAAAAGAGACUGUUAC